AUGUGUGCUAAACAGUUGUGGUAUCUCUCCUCCUGUCCUGGGCUAUUCCCGCAUCCCAUAUCCUCGUCACGCCCCUUCAAAAUCACAAUCUCUUACUUAUUUAUCCGAGCCUAUUUUAAACCUAUUCACACUCCCUGCUGGUCUCCUCUUCCCUCUCACACUGCCGGCAAUCCUCUAUCUGCAGUUCCUUCCACAGUCCCCUCUUACGCCGUUGGAUCCUUUCCUUGUCUGUCUCCUUCAGCUGCCAAUUUCAAGGCGUUGCUCUACCCUCCGCCCCAAGCCUUUGCUAGCACGUAUGCACCAGCCAGCCUCACUGAGCAGGCCUCUAAAGUAUGGAUUCUAAAUUGCCAUGGCAACCAGACUUGA